GAGCUCCACUGACAGAGAAGGACAUGAAGGAGAGACGCUCAUCUUCUGGGGAGUAUGUGGUGCACAGGGAGGUCUUCAAUGAGCCCCGACUGGAUGAAGUGGCACAAAAAGGGAUGUGGUCAACUAAACCGACUGUGGGUGAACAGAUUAAAGAGUCACUGAGGUGUUCUGUUCCCAGGCUGAAGCAUACAGUUCUGACCUGGAUCCCCGUCCUCUCCUGGUUGCCUCAUUACUCGAUCAGAGAAAAUGCUUUGGGUGACCUGAUAUCUGGCUGCAGUGUAGGCAUCAUGCAUCUGCCACAGGGCAUGGCGUAUGCUCUUCUGGCCUCUUUGCGGCCAGUGUUAGGUCUUUACACUUCGUUCUACCCGGUGCUGGUCUACUUCAUCUUUGGUACUUCUAAACACAUCUCAGUAGGAACGUUUGCUGUGAUCAGCAUCAUGAUUGGGAGCGUGACAGAAAGGCUGGCGCCCGACAGCAACUUUAUUAUAAAUGGGACCAAUGGGACAGAAGACCUGAACAUCGCAAUGAGGGACUCAAUGAGAGUACAGAUAGCGUGCUCCCUCACAGUGUUAGCAGGGAUUUUCCAGAUCCUGCUGGGAGUGGUGAAGUUUGGCUUUGUGGUGACCUACCUGUCUGAGCCCCUUGUUCGUGGAUACACAACAGCAUCAGCUUGUCAUGUGUGUGUCUCUCAACUCAAAUACCUGUUUGGAGUCAAACCAGCUCGCUUUGCUGGUCCUUUUGCAUUCAUUUAUACUCUGGUGGAUGUUUGCAGACAGCUGCCUCAGAUGAAGGUGCCCGAGCUUGUGGUCAGCCUGGUGGCUCUUGCUGUUCUAAUUGUGGUCAAAGAAAUCAAUGCAUGCUACAGGCAGAAGCUCCCUCUGCCCAUCCCCAUAGAGCUCAUAGUGAUUAUAGCAGCAACACUCAUCACCCACUUCUGUGGACUCCCUGAGACAUACGGUGUGAAUGUAGUUGGAGAGAUUCCCAGUGGGCUCAAGGCCCCUCGUGCUCCUGAUCCAACAUUUUUUUCACAGAUUAUAGGUGAUGCCUUUGCUGUGGCCAUUGUGGGCUACGCCGUCAAUAUUUCUCUCGGCAAAACAUUCGCCCUCAAACAUGGCUACAAGGUGGACAGCAACCAGGAGCUGGUUGCAGCAGGGCUUUGCAACGCCAUCGGUGGUUGUUUCCAAUGUUACGCAGUGACUUCCUCUCUGUCUCGGAGUCUUGUCCAGGAGAGCACCGGGGGCAAGACACAAGUUGCAGGGGUGGUCUCUUCAGUUAUUGUGCUCAUCACAAUUUUGAAAAUAGGCUCCCUGUUUGAAGACCUCCCCAAGGCUGUCUUAGCCACAAUAGUGUUUGUGAAUUUGAAAGGAAUGUUUAAGCAGUUCAUGGACGUGCCGUUUCUAUGGAAAACCAACCGGGUUGACUUGCUGGUGUGGCUGGUAACAUUCAUCAGCACCGUCCUGCUCAACCUGGACUUGGGUCUGGCUGUCUCCGUUGGCUUUUCUGUGCUCACUGUUAUCUUCAGAACACAACUACCGCGCUACUCUAUCCUGGGCAAUGUGCCGGGCACUGACCUGUAUCUGGACACAGAGAAGUACAGGGCGGCCCAAGAGAUUCCAGGAAUAAAAAUAAUUCGCUCAUCAGCAACUAUCAACUACACAAACGCCGAGUUGUACUUAGAGUUCCUUCAGGAGAAGAGUGGAAUUGAAAUCGAGAAGCUGCAGGCCGAGAGGAAGAAACAAAAAGCAAAGCAGAAGUGUGAGCAAGAGAAAGAGAAAACAAAAAACAGGAAGGAUGCAAAGAUGAAGAAAAAAGACAUGAGCCAUCAUUCGAAUACCACCAACAGCGUGAAGGAUUUACAGCCGAGUGAGAGGAAUGUAUUUACAGUAAACAUGGAUGAGAGGAAUCAGAACCACGUAGCUUUAAAGCCCAUGGACUCAACCAUAAACAGUUUUAGCAAAGGCAAAAUAAACAGGGCUUACCAAACUGACUCAAACAUGUCCGACUCCGACUCAGACACAUGUGACCCCAGCUAUGAAGACAUCACAGAGAUUUCCCAUCAGGGUGGAGGAGGUGAAAGGGCCUCUGGGUCAGACAUUCACAACGUCAUCCUGGACAUGUCCACAACCAGCUCUGUGGACACGGUCACCGUGAAGAUGCUGAAAAAUAUUUUCAGGGACUUCAGAGCAGUUGAUCUCAACGUGUAUCUAGCUGGCUGCCAAGCCUGUGUGGUGGAGCAGCUGGAAAUGGCUAACUUCUUCUCGGAGUCCGUCCCAAAGAGCAGACUGUUUGUCUCAGUUCAUGACGCGGUGCUUUACAUUCGCAUCAGACUGGGACAGAGCGACUUCACGACUUGCCUGUUCUAUUCCUCACCAUUGGUCGCCGUUGCCUCCUCCCCUUUCAACGGUGGAGAAAUGCGCCACUUCGACAUGGCGGCUGGUUGCCACGGAAACACAAGGGAGCUGUUGCCACGGCAACAAGCUUUUUAUGGUAUGGUCUGA